CAAUGCCUCUGCUCUGGAAAAAGACAUUGGUCCAGAGCAGUUUCCAAUCAAUGAACACUACUUUGGAUUGGUCAAUUUCGGAAACACAUGCUACUGUAACUCCGUGCUUCAGGCAUUGUACUUCUGCCGGCCGUUCCGUGAGAAUGUGCUGGCAUACAAGGCCCAGCAAAAAAAGAAGGAAAACUUGUUGACGUGCCUGGCAGACCUUUUCCACAGCAUUGCCACGCAGAAGAAGAAGGUUGGCGUGAUCCCACCAAAGAAGUUUAUUUCAAGGCUGAGAAAAGAGAAUGAUCUCUUUGAUAACUACAUGCAGCAGGAUGCUCACGAAUUUUUAAAUUAUUUGCUAAACACUAUUGCGGACAUCCUGCAGGAAGAGAAGAAACAGGAAAAGCAAAAUGGCAAAUUAAAAAACGGCAACAUGAACGAACCUGCGGAGAACAAUAAACCAGAACUCACUUGGGUCCAUGAAAUUUUUCAGGGAACGCUCACCAAUGAAACACGAUGCUUGAACUGUGAAACUGUUAGUAGCAAAGAUGAAGAUUUUCUCGACCUUUCUGUUGAUGUGGAGCAGAAUACGUCUAUUACCCACUGUCUAAGAGACUUCAGCAACACAGAGACGCUGUGUAGUGAACAGAAAUACUAUUGUGAAACGUGCUGCAGCAAACAGGAGGCCCAGAAAAGAAUGAGAGUAAAAAAGCUCCCCAUGAUUCUGGCCCUCCACCUAAAGCGGUUCAAGUACAUGGAGCAGCUCCACAGGUACACCAAGCUGUCUUACCGGGUGGUCUUCCCUCUGGAGCUGCGGCUCUUCAACACCUCCAGCGACGCGGUGAACCUGGACCGCAUGUAUGACCUGGUCGCUGUCGUGGUUCACUGUGGCAGUGGUCCCAAUCGUGGGCAUUACAUUACUAUUGUGAAAAGUCACGGCUUCUGGCUUUUGUUUGACGAUGACAUUGUAGAGAAAAUAGAUGCUCAAGCUAUUGAAGAAUUCUAUGGCCUGACAUCAGAUAUAUCAAAAAAUUCAGAAUCUGGAUAUAUUUUAUUCUAUCAGUCAAGAGAAUAACUUAAAGAACUGUGGAACUCUUUUAAGCGGGGAGAACGUUCAAAGCACUAUCAUCUGCUUUCUCUGUGGACUGUUGUUCUUCCCUAGCAGCCCACCAGUGGCAUCACUCCAAGUCUCAGUGGUCUGGCUGUGUUAGACUCUUCCCCCCACCUCCCUUUUUUUUUACAUGCAGCACUACUUUUGGUUUUAUUUUAGUCUGAUGUAGAGUUAACUGCAAUCAGAUUGUAGUAAGACUGAUAUGAAUAACAAUUGCUAAUCGAAGGACUGGGUAUUCUCUAUGCCACUCAUCAUGUCUGGCUGAAUUAGAAAGGCAUGUGUUAUGGAUGUCUACAGUCUACUUGGGGUCUUUGCUAAACUUCAUAAAUAGCUUCCAGGUUGUCCUUACAAUGCAUUCCUUUUUAACUCAUCUCUGGAAGCAUUGCUACCCAUUUUUAGCUUCUCUUGCCGCUCGUCUGACAGAAGGACAGAAGAGUUGGGUAGAUGUUCACCUGUGAGGGCUGCAAUAUAGCUUUAAGUUUGUGCAAGUGAAAAUGUCUAAGAGUGAGUAACCUCAAGACUGAAAAUCAUCCUCCAUGCGGAACAGGGUGAAGAGAGGCUGUAGCGGCUCACCGUUAGAAUCCCAGGGGCUAAUAAAGUUUGGAGCUCAGGGUAGGCAAAGGCAAGAGGAGAACACUUUUGUGGACAGUGAAAAGUUACAUUUCUUACCUUUCUACCAAAAGGAAAUUUCAGGAAAAUAACUCUAUGCUGUCUGUUUUUAGUGAUAC